CAACGGACAAGCAUCCGUGUUUUGGUUAGUUUGACAAUUUUAUCUUCAUAUUCAAAGCUUGCUUCGAGACAAAGAGUCACAAAUUAAACCCGGUCAAAAGCCCAAAACGCCCAGGUUUAAGUAGAGUAACUGAUAAGUACAUUUUAUGCGCUAAGCCGAAGUAAUCGUUUGGAUCGGCAGGAAAAGCCCACAAAACCCCCUUUCGCUAAAUAAAAAAAAAACUAUUUGACUAAAUCUUAAAUAUUUCAUCGCCUUGAAUUUCCAUGAUUUUAAGCAAAAUCAAGAGAAACCCAUCCGGUUUUCUUCGUUUUAAUGCCUUCUCCACUUCUUUCAAACCUCCUUACCCAUGCAUUAAUUCAUAUAACGCCUCCAAACUCUUGAGUAAUUACCUUAAAGCUGGGAGAGUCAAAGAAGCAGAGAAAUUGUUUGGUCAAAUUCCCCAAAGAAACAUAGUUUUAUGGUCCAUUUUGAUUCAUGGGUAUUCAAUAAAUGGGCAUCACAUAAAAUCCAUGGAAUCAUAUUCCCAUAUGCGAAAAUCGGGUUUAUUUCCUAAUUCUUUCACUGUUGUUGGUCUUCUUGUUGGCAUUAAAGGCUUGCAAAACUUUGUGUUGGGGCAAUCAAUUCAUGGACUAAUUUUGAAAUGUGGGUUAAAUUUCGACUUAGUUGUAUGCACUGCAAUGUUUAAUACUUAUGCUAGAUGUGGAAAUAUAAGCGAUUCGUAUAAAGUAUUUAUGGAACUGGAGAACCCGGGUUUGGUUUCUUGCAAUGCUAUGAUUGCAGGGUUUGUAACCAACGAACUCUUUGAAGAGGCUAUUUUACUAUUUAAGAAGUUAAGGAAAUGUGGUUUGGUUCCUAAUGUGGCUACUGCAGUAUCUAUCAUUCAGAGUUGUGUUGGUUUAGACUUGAGAGUUGUAUGCGAAUCAAUCCAUGGUUUAAUAGUUAAGUUUGGUCUUGCUUCGGAUAUAAGAGUCAAUAAUUCAGUACUUGACAUGUACUCUUGUUUGAUGGAUUUGGAUGCUGCUACAGCAAUUUUUGAGGGCAUGAAACACAAAGAUGUUAUCAGUUGGACAACAAUGAUGGGUUUAUUAGUCAACCAUGAAUAUGCUACUAAUGCUAUAGAGCUUUUCUGUAAAAUGAAGGCUAGCAGGGUGAGUUACGAUGCUAUUGUUGUUAUGAAUCUUGUUUCAGCUUGUGCAAUCUUAGGUGAUUUGAGGAAAGGAAAACAAACCCAUGCCCAUGCUGUUGUUUGUGGAUUUGUAUCAGAGCUUCCACUUGUGAACUCAAUUAUGACAAUGUAUUCUAAAUGUGGUGAUAUAGAUUCUUCUAGAACUUUGUUUGAUCAAUCAACUCAGAGGAGUUUAGUGUCAUGGGCAGCAAUAAUUUCAGGAUAUCUACAAAAUGGUUUCUCAAGAGAGGCUCUGAAUCUCUUUAUUAAGGUUAGACAGGAAGGAUACUAUCAUUCCGAUUCAGUAAUGCUGAUGAGUGCUUUAACAGCUUCCUGUGAUAUAGCUGCUUUUGAGCUCUGCCAGCAGCUCCAUUGUUGUGCUUUCGAAGCUGGAUACUCUUCCCAUAGAUCGCUUCAGAAUACUCUGAUAUCAGCAUAUUCAAAAUGCGGCAAUAUGGACCUUGCCGACUUUGUCUUCAAGGAGAUGGGUUAUCUUAAAGAUGUAGUCUCUUGGAAUGCAAUUAUAAAUGGGUAUGGUAUCAAUGGUCAAGGAGAAACAGCCCUUGCUCUCUUCCAUGAAAUGAGGAAAGGUGCAGAAGAGGCUGACGGUGCUACUUAUUUGUCCAUAUUGAACGCUUGUAGUCAUGGAGGAUUGAUAAAUGAUGCCCUGAUUAUUUUCAAUAAAAUGGUGGAAGAUGAUAAAAUAAGGCCUAGCCAAGAGCAUUAUGGCUGUAUCAUUGAUUUGCUUGCACGAGCAGGCUGUUUAUCUGAUGCAAGCAGUUUUGUUAGUCAAUUAAGGAUAGGUCCUAAUGCUUGGAAGGCUUUUUUGAGUGGCUGCAUGCUUCAUGGUAAUGUGGAGCUAGCUGAAUUUGCAGCAAGAAAGGUCUUUGAGCUGGAGCCUAGGGGAUCAGAUCAAAUUGUGCUCAUUUCAAAUGUUUAUGCUUCUGUUGGUAGGUUUCAGGAUUCAGAAGCAUUGAGAUUAGGCAUGCAGAAGAAAGCAUUGAUUAAGAAGCCAGGAGUUAGCUUGCUCUAUAGGAAUUCUUAUGACGGUGGUUGAAGAUCCUUGAUUUUCUGAAGUAUAGAGAAGGAUAACUGUACAUGGCCAUCUGUCAACGUGCAAAUAGUAUAACUUUGGGUCUGACUAUUAUUGAAUGUAGCAGCUUAUCCUAAGGAAAUUUUACGAGUUCUGCCCAGAUCAUCCCAUGUUGGGGAAAAGAAACUGGAUAUUGGAACAGAUGGAUUUUGAUGGCUUUGCCGAUUCAGUAAGUGGUUGUUAAAGACUUGCUAUACACAGCAGCUUGUGUACUACUUCUAUUCAUGGUGAUGGAACAGAGGAGUAACCGGUUAGGUAAAACCUAAGGGCUUUGGACCAGAGUAUCCGGAUCUUGGAAGACUUUUUGUCAACUUCUCAGUACCUUAUGAAAGGAUGGCCGUAGUAUCAAACGAAGUUGAUGGUGUUCAAGAAUGAUUUGAGGAAAGCAAAUACAUAGCAUGAACGCUGAUAUUCCAUAGAUGACCAGAAAGAAUACCCGAUAUGUGAGAAAAUUUUCUGAUGUUCCAAUUAUAUAUGUCAGUCGAAGCGAGAUGCAGCUGCAAAGCUCUGGCUGAAUCGACAGAUCACAAGUAUGUAUGUAUUGGUGGCAAAACUGUUGGCAGAAACCUAGACUUUCUUAUAGAAUACGUUUACAGAGGAAGUCUUCUUGUCAUAAAUUUAGCUUUAGAGUUAUGCAGCAGGACCAGAAACGAAUACGAUCUGCUUCUUUUGCCACAUAUAGCAGUAAUGGCUUACACAAACUGCUAUAAAUACGCAUCUUAUCUGCAACAAUAUCUUCGAAAUUUAUCAUCCUGUAAUUGAAUUUGCCAAUGCUCAUCACAACUCUCAAUUUUUCUCUCAACUUGGUUUUAUUUUAGCUUCUCAUGUGACUAAAGAGAUUGAGAUUGACCUUGUGAUUACCUGUGUAAAGGAACUGCCCUUGAGCAAAACGUUGUUCCAAGUACUUUAUGUUUUGUCGUUUCUCUAGGUAAUAGCUAGUGCUAAACUGAACCAGGAUUAUAGAUAACAUAUUGACUAACGUGUUCCUUCUGCUUCCAUUACCCUUGGAACUUGGUUAAUCAAUCCCCUCUAUGGUAUAUUAAAUUGUGGAGAUGCCUUGGAUCCACGUGCCUUCACAUCUCCCCGUUGCACCAAAAUCUCAGGCAGCAGCAAGUCAGUUUCACCCCAUCCACACGAGUCUCGCAUGCCUGGCUAGUCUCCCUCUCCACUUGCUGAACCAUCUCAUUAAUGCUUCACGUCCUAUAUAUUAUAUGGUAAAAAAAUGUUCUUUCUGCUUCUGCCGACAUUGGUAAUUUCAUUAGCAAGGGUUUGAAACAAUGAGGAUAUCGAAUUCUCUUGCAGCCAACUGGAACUACGUUUGGACUGCUAGUAUCUUGUUCUUCAAGUUGCUUCAGCCCAUGAGAUUUUUUUCUGUAGAAGGGAGUUACCCAACCAUUACUCAUCCACUUCAAAUGCACAUUCAAUUCGAAUAAGCUGAAUUCAAGUAAGUCCAACGGUUGCUCCAAAAUGAUGUGUAGACAAGGAUUUGUAUUAAAAAAAAAUGUUGAAAAUAUAUUACAAUAACCUCCUCAUUUUCUCACUCAAAAAGUAACA